AAUCAGACACGGUUCCAGACUGUGUUAAAUAAGAUUUAUUUCUCUCCAUAUUAUUAGCCUAUGUGCCGUAACUACAGUGUUACUAUGCAGCUUUCCGCAUUGUAAAGGCUUCAGGUCAUUUAAUCAAGUGAAUGGACUAUCAUAACUGGCAUAUGCAAUUAACCACGCUGGUGUCAAGAGAUGCAGAGGAUGGGAUACAAUAGCCAACUUGGAAUCCCAGCAGCGCUUCUUCACACCGACUCCGUCUUAUCAUAGACCUGCUGCUUAACCGAACACAACAACAGAUACCUAGUUCCUAGCUCCUUCCAACAUUAAGAUGGCGCAGGCACUAUCGGAGGAGGAGUUCCAUCGAAUGCAGGCUCAGCUUUUGGAGCUGCGGACACAGAACUACCAACUCUCUGAUGACUUGCGUAAGAACACAGCUGAGCUCAGUGCUGUUCGUCUUAGGACUGUAACAUUGGAGAAGGAUUACAUCAAAGCACAGAAGGCUUUAAAUAAGAGCAAGAAAGCUCAGGAAGUGGAUGCCUUACUCAGCGAAAAUGAGAUGCUUCAGGGGAAACUGCACAGCCAGGAGGAUGACUUCAGACUGCAGAACAGUACCCUGAUGCAGGAGCUGUCUAAGUUGUGCACUCAGAUAGAAGAGCUAGAAAAGGAAAACAAACAUCUGAAGGAUGGCGGAGGGCUUCAGGAUGGGUGGCCAUGUCCCAACUCCUGCUCUGUGGAUGGAGAGCUGCUGCGCCUCCAGGCAGAGAACACCGCCCUUCAGAAGAGGAUGGCCGCCGUUCUGGAGUGCUGUGGUAGUGAGGUAGAAAGCCAGAGGGGAGCGGAGGUCAGCGGAGCCCACGCCUCGGAGACCGAUGGACCGGUUAGCAGUAACGGUGCCACGUUGCCCUCUGAUGCCAGUGAGAACAGGGAGGAACCUGCAGCUGGUACCAGUGACAAGCUGGAACAGGCGGAAGCAAAGUGUGCAAAACUGGAACAGCGAAUUAAUGAGCUAAGCGGACCUUCAAUGAGGAGCACUGGUCUAGUUAUGAAACAAGAUGGUCUUAGGUGGUCAGCACUGUGUCCAAAUCCAAUAACACAAUGCUUUGGGCCAGAGGUGGAACUGCAGCUGCAUACUGAGGUGGAGGAGAAGCGCCUACUGAAGGAGCAGCUCCAAGCCCUUGAGUCAUCCAAACAGACAGACAUCACUAAACUUCAAGAAGAGAUAGCAAAGCUCUCGGAUAAGUUGAAGAAAAAGCAAGACAGCUUUCUGCGUUUGCAAAGUGAAAAGGAAGCCCUUUACAAUGACAGCAGGACCAAAAUUGAUGAGAUUCAACAAAAGAAGGAGGAGGAGUUGAAGUCAAUGAACACUCGCAUCUUGAAGUUACAGGGAGAUUUGCUGUCAGCCAACCAGAGUGUCUGUGAGAUGAAGGAGCAGCUACAGAGCCGGCAGAAGGAGCAUGAGUUGGUUCUACACACACUCAAAGAUCAGGUAGCGUGUCAGAGUGCAGUGAGUCAGGAGCAGGUGGAGAGUAUCCUGACUGAGAAUGAUGCUCUCAGGACUAACCUAGCCGCUCUAGAACAGAUUCAGACUGUGAAGACUCAAGAGAUGAACCUUCUGCGAGACCAGAACAUGGCUCUGAAUUUGGAGCUUCAGCAGAGACGGACAGAUCAAGAGAGUUUCCUGGCACAAAGAGAUGACCUUAACUCUCAAUUACAGGAGUCCAACCGGGCCAAUAACAGACUGUUGGAGCAGCUGACUGAAGUGGGCCAAGAGAAAGAAAGGCUACAGCAAGAGCUGGAGGAGACUAAAAAGACAGCGGACAAGCGGAAGGCUAUGCUAGAUGAGCUGGCCAUUGAGAUGAGCACCGAGAAGUCCCGACACAAGGAAGAACUGAGUGACGUGCGUCUGCAGCAUGAGAAGGAGGUGCUUGGGGUGCGGGCACGCUACGAGAAGGAGCUGAGGGGCCUCCACGAGGACAAGAACCGCACCGAAGAGGAAAUCCGCUCGCAGCUCAGAGACGAAAAGGCUCGCAACAAGGAGCUCGAGGGUCUGCAGCAGUGUGUGGAGGAGCUCCAGGCCCAGGUCCAGUCGAUGGAGGGCACUAAGGGCUGGUUCGAACGCCGACUCAAAGACGCCGAGGAGAGCAUGGAGAAGAGCAGUCUGGAGCACCAGGAACAAAUAGAGAGUCUGCAGAAGGAACAUGCUGUCAAACUGGAGGAGAAGGCAUCAGAUAUAGAUGUUAUGAAGAUGCAGUUGGCCGAGGUAGAGAAAGAGAAGGAAGUACACAAUGAAAUAAUUGGAAAACUAAAGCAGGAGAUUAAAGACACAGUGGAUGGCCAGAGGAUCCUGGAGAAGAAAGGCAGCUCAGCACUUAAAGACUUGAAGAGGCAGCUACAGCUGGAGAGGAAGCGAGCUGAUAAACUGCAGGAGCGACUACAGGAGAUCCUGACCAACACCAAGACCAGGACAGGCCUUGAGGAGUUGGUGUUAUCAGAGAUCAGCUCUCCUAGUCGCACACAGCAGACAGGAGACAGCAGCAGCAUCUCCUCCUUUAGCUACAGGGAGAUCAUGAAGGAGGGAGCCUCUGCACCAAACACCAACAAGUCUGCCACUGGCAGCCCCCAGUCCCAGCGACCUGCUGACCUGUCUGAUGAUGAGGUCGGGGAACUCUUCCAGAGGCUGGCUGAGGUGCAGCAGGAGAAGUGGAUGUUGGAGGAGAAGGUGAAACACCUUGAGGUAAGCUGUUCCUCCAUGGCUGAUGACAUCUGUAAGAAGAGUGCCAUCAUUGAGACCUACGUCAUGGACAGCAGAAUAGAUGUGUCUGGCACGGCGGUUAUGGCCCAUCACGGGGGCCAGCUGGGGGGCCACGGUCUGGGCUCUGUGCUCAGGGACCUGGUAAAGCCUGGGGACGAGAACCUGCGUGAAAUGAACAAGAAGCUGCAGAACAUGCUGGAGGAACAGCUGACCAAGAACAUGCAUCUACAGAAGGACCUUGAAGUUCUGUCUCAGGAGAUUGUCCGUUUAAGUAAAGACUCUGGAGCUUGCUCUGCAACGGGAUAAGAUGGGACCACAAGCCUCUGCUGUAUCAGGACACAUUCAUUACUCUGUCCCUCUCACCUGUUCUGUGGUAGAAGACACUACCCAUCCAUGCUGCCUGGUGGGACCUACGGCUGGGAACCCUUCAGUGUAGAAAGGGAGGGAAGAAAGGGGUUGAUAUGGGUUUUUUGUUUUUUUGGCAACAGCUUUAAUACUGAAUGUACUCAUUGUAAUACAUGUUGGUUCUAACUGCGGAAAAUGGCAUAUUCAGGCUGCACAGUCGGCUGUCUGCCUCCCCACUCUGAGGAAUGCAGCACCGGCAGGAACCGGGAUGACAGGAAAUAUCCAGAACACAGUGCGUUACUGGUUCACAUCUUCAAGAGAUUGUUUAGUGUUGUAAAUAACAAGUGACAUUCUGCUUACUUAUACAAAGACCUGUUGUGUUUUGCCUGUACUUGUAUGGAAUUUCACUAUAUUCAGCAACUCUUGUUUAUUUUUGUUUGUAUGAAUCCUGUAUAUAUAUAUAAUUCUGGAAAAUCAAUUGUGGUAAUUUAUCUGUCUCUGAGUAAUAAGUAUUGUAUGAAGUUAUUGUUAAAUAUUUAAGUCUGUCUUAUGUUCUGAAAACUGAGUAUUCUGUAGUCAUACAUUUCAGUCUUUCUACUUUUGAUUUUAGUUUGCCCCUGGACUGCAACAGAGGCACAGAGGCCUUGGCUACUCAGCAUUUUCUGUCAACAUGAAUAUGCUGUCUAACUCUAGACACUCGCUGGAUGCCGGCUUUGUGCCCCUUUUUUUAAUUUCAAUUCAAGUGCUUUCUCUAUCCCCAGUUAAGAUCCCUGGUUUGUUUGGAUUAGCAGAUGUAAUUCCAGUUUAACUCCUCUUUGAAAUUAGAUUCUGGAUGGAGGAAACAGGAUUCUCUUUGAUGAGCAGGUUUGUUAGAUUAGUCAUCUUCGCCUGGCUAAGUUCUAACAGCAGUGUCAGUCAUCUGAGCGAGACUCUUCCAUUCACUUCAGCCAGGCUCAUCAGUAUGCUUUCUUAGCUUCACACGGACAGGAAACUCAUUAGGAAUAUUUAUCUGGCAUCAUUACCCAGCCAUUAACGUUUUUGUAAGAUGAACUGGCCCAUUGCACUGGAGUGAUGGACAGGAUGGAGGAGGGAAACUUGGCUCUUACAGUAGUUUGUGUUUUGAAUCACUUUAACACCAGUAGUUGGGCAGAUCAAAUAAUAUGCUAUACACUCCAUGUAAAGACAGCGCUGGCAUGCAGUGUUCAUACCUAGCUUUACAUCAUGUUGUGUGGCUCGUUUUGGAUCAGGCCGUGUGCAACGCUCUGUCACACUGCAUUGAGUGGACUGAGCUUUUCCUGCUUGUUCUGUUAUACUUGACAUGUUUCCUUAUCUGAGAAUGUUUUUUAAAUUCAGACCUCUGGAACUUGUUUAGGAACAUAGAAAUGUAUCAUGUUUUCUACAUAUCUGCCAGUUAUCAUAAUCAUCAGUUAAUUUGACAUUUAACACUAAAUAUUGUAUCUUUACCAUUUUAAAUUUUUUAUUUCUGCCAGUAAUCUAUAUGUGAAGUUUAUACAUUUGCAGUCCCCCCCCCCCAUAUUUCUCAUGUGUUAAGUUAUAUUCUUUAAUGGAGCAAAGUUUGUCUGAGCAACAACCCCACACCACCAAGUUGCAAUGAAGUGCCGAUCUGAAUCAGUUUACUCAAAGACCCAGCUGUCCUGAAGAGAUGCAGUGGAAGACGUUUAGAUCCAGACUAGUAUAGUCUGAAUCAAAAUGUUUAUAUUUACUAGUAUAUUAGGCAUAUUAAGUGAUACUGUAGAGAAGUUCACUUUGCACUUUUUGAACACAUUAAAGAUUGUGCUUUAUUUACAUAGUCCUGUCCACUUGUCCAUUGACUUGCCUUAAAGUGUUUAUAUUGCCAAAUCUGGCUACAUCGAAGUCCUUAUGACUAAUAAAACAAUUAUUCAGGUUGAAAUAUACAGUACAACAAGACCGUGCAAGAAUCCUCAAGAGCUUCCCCUGUGGACUAUUCCUUUAAGAUUUCUGUAUUUGUCAACUGUCUCUUCAGCUAAAUAUCCAUAAUGUCAUGCAGUGUCAAUAAAAAUGGUUGUAAAAUA